GAAUGUGUUUGCCCAAAAUUUUAUAGAGGCGAACUGUGCGAGGAGAUUGUUUGCAUCAACAAUGGCACACUCAUCAAAGUACCGAACCUUGUUCCGGCACGAUAUGCUUGCAAGUGUCCUCAUCCGGAAUACAUUCAUGGGGCACAUUGUGAGUUGGUGAAAUGUUUGAAUGGUGGCAGACCAAUGGAUAAUGGCUAUUGUAAAUGCUUGGAUUACUGGUAUACGGGACAAUUCUGUCAGGAGAAUUUAUUGAACGAGGCUGGCAAUGAAUCGGCGCUGGUAUUGAGGCCAGAUAGAAGCGUCUUGCCAUCUUACAUUAUAAGGCUUGACACGAUACCAGUCUUCAACCCUCAUGUAUCUUCUAAUAUUACAAAACCGAUGGACCCACCGCCAUCUUAUGAACAGGCAGUCACAUCAUCUUCAGUUUCUCAGCCAAUAAACGAUGGAGCCGCACCAGUUCAUCCACCAGAAUAUACGCCUUAUCCGCCACCUCCACCGCCACGUUUUCGGCCUCCUGAAACGCCACGAAGUGUCUGA